AUGGCUGAGAGCGUGUCAUCGGACAGUGGUACCGAAAUCAUGACAACGCCGACAGCUCAUUCGCCUGCGCUCUCAUCUGACGACGAGGGCCAGAGCCACACUCAUCACGGCUUACAGCUUGAUCAUUCUCCCGAGCAGCCGGAGGAGCGAGGUGUCAGUCGCCCUGCCUCACCUAAUGAGCCAAAUGGAAAUGUUGCGCAAGCCGCACCGCUCAGCGAUAGCGCCAGUGAGGGGCUGCCCCCAUUGCCCAGCAAACAGGAUGUACAGGUCGAGACAACAGCACCUUUCGAGGCUGUCGAGCUCUCUGACCGAGCUCAGACGGCGACACAAGAGCGCGAAGCGGCCAGCGCUAAUAAUGAGCAAGAGAACACUCUCCCCUCCUCUUCUUCGGUGUCUAUUGCCCCAUCGAAAGCGUCCUCAUCGAGCAGCGCCGCGGCUUCAAGUCAACCGGCUGGUACAGCAGCUAGCAUGAGCACACAGCCUACCGAGAUUGAGGACGAAGCGCCGUCGACCUAUCGACCUCGCUCUUCCACGUCCGCGACGCGCACCACACAAACUUCAUCAGCGCCACCGCUCUUGUCAGGCAGACUGAUCAUACAAUCUCUGGAAAGCAUGCUAGCCUCGAAAGACGCGAAGAGAUCGGCCCUCUUGAGGGAAGCAAUCGAACGUGCUUUACAAGUGCUCAAGUCGCCCAAUGCUGCAGAGACAUCCAUCGAUCCUCGUGUCAUCUUCGAGCCACUACGCUUGGCAUGCGAUACAAAGAGUCACGCUCUGAUGAUCCAGGCGCUCGAUAGUAUUGGCAAGCUCGUCAGCCACUCGUUCUUUUCGUCGCCUGUACACGCACCGUCGCAGGCAGGCACACCCGACGGCACGCAUUCCAGGAGAUCAUCGCUUGGCUCGAUCGAGCAGCCCUAUAUUGCAGAUCCUCAGCUGGCAGAAGACGUCGUCUCGACCAUCUGCAAUUGCUUUGUCGACUCGACGAGCUCAGGCUCUGCUCUACCCGUGCCAUCGACCGGGCCUCUAGCGACAGCAUCAGCAUCAACAGGUCCAGAUGCUGUCAAUUUGCAUCUGCUUUCCACGCUGCUUAGUCUGAUACUCUCAAGCUCACUACCGGUGCACCAAAGCUCGCUACUAAGAGCUGUGCGCACGGUCUAUAAUAUUUUCUUGCUUUCAAAGGGUCACCAGAACCAGACAGUUGCGCAAGGUGCAUUAGGUCAGAUCGUAGGCGCAGUCUUUGGUCGUGUUGCUCUUGGUCAGCCCAUCACACAUAGAGAUAGCCGCGGCACACCCACGUCGAGCGCUCGGCAAUCUACUACUCAUCUUCCGCCAGAGAUUGCUGCCCAAAACACCAACGGCCAUGAGAACGGCAAUUCAGAAGCACGAGCGAGCUCCGAUACCAUCCGCAAUGAUGACUUGCCGGCCAGUGAGGACGCUCCCACUGUAUCGAAUGGAGGCACAUCCUUGCCCACUCACACAGCAAUCUCAGCCGAAGAUGGGGCAGCUGCAACGACUGUCAUGGACUCGAUCCAAUCGAUGGAGGCCAGACAAUCCUUUGAAGGUGUCUCAGAGCGCGAAACGGGUCCGUUCCUCAGUACGAACGAUCUUUACAUCAAGGACGCGUUCCUCGUAUUCCGCUCGCUCUGUAAGUUGUCGAUGAAGCCCCUCGGCUCGGAGAGCGAGAGAGACAUCAAAUCGCAUGCAAUGCGAUCCAAACUGCUGUCUCUUCACCUCAUCCUGACCAUCUUGCACAACCAUAUGGCACUCUUUGUCGAUUCGAGCGUGACCAUUUACUCCGCAUCCAAUCGCGAAUCGACGCAGUUCAUUCAUGCCAUCAAACAAUAUCUCUGCCUUUCACUCAGUCGCAACGCUAUCAGCCCAAUGCUCAACGUGUUUGAGAUAAGUUGUGAAAUCUUCUGGCGCGUUCUGUCGGGCAUGCGCACAAAGCUGAAGAAAGAGAUCGAAGUGCUACUGACAGAGAUCUUCUUGCCGAUACUCGAGAUGCGUAGCUCCUCGGUACGCCAAAAAUCACUCUUGCUCGGUGUAAUGGCGAGACUAUGCCACGAUCCUCAAGCACUCGUUGAAAUCUACAUCAAUUACGAUUGUGACCGGACAUCGCUCGACAAUAUAUACGAGCGUCUGACAAACAUCGUCUCGCGACUUUGCACGACGCACUACACGACAGUAACGAUCAGCUCGACAACGUCGUCUACUUUUGAUUCGCUUCUCACACCUGGAGCGCCUGGCAUCGCAAAUACCUUUGCUUCGGCUGCGAAUAGUGUGCCUGCUGUGCCCACGAUGAUUGCCUCACAGGACGGCAGUCUGCCUUCGAAUAUCCCUGUCGAAACCCAGCUCAAGAGACAGAGCCUAGAAGCGCUGAUAGCUAUCUUGCGGUCCCUCGUCAGCUGGGCUGGCAAAGGCACACUUGCUUCAUCGCAGACAGACUCAGUGCUAGCGGCGGAGCAGCGUUCGCUCGCAAGCGAAGACAUGCGCGAAGCUGACGAGAGCCUCGCCAUCCCCAAUGGAGGUCGGUCAGCAAUCUCCGGCACCUCGACUCCGGAGCCUAAUGACGAUCCCGGGCGUUUUGAGAAUGCAAAAGCGCGCAAAACCACAUUGCUGCAAGGCAUACAGAAAUUCAACUUCAAGCCGAAACGAGGCAUCGAGUUUCUCAUCAAAGAAGGUUUCGUUCGCAGUCGCGAUCCCAAGGACGUCGCAGCUUUUUUGCUGCAUGCGGAUGGGCUCAGUAAGGCGAUGAUCGGCGAGUGGCUCGGAGAAGGAGACGCAGACAAUAUUGCGACUAUGCACGCCUUUGUCGAUCUGAUGGACUUCUCGGGUAUGCGAUUCACAGAUGCUCUUCGCAUGUUCCUGCAGUCCUUCCGUUUGCCUGGCGAAGCGCAGAAAAUCGAUCGAUUCAUGCUCAAAUUUGCAGCGCGCUAUCUUGCAGGCAAUCCCUCGUCAGCAUUUGCAAACGCAGAUACUGCCUAUGUCCUCGCAUACUCGACGAUAAUGCUUAACACUGACGCCCAUAACCCGCAAGUCAAGAACAGAAUGACGCUGCAAGACUUUUAUAAAAACAAUCGCGGCAUCAACGACGGCGCCGAUCUACCGGAGGAGUUGCUCGCAGGCAUCUAUGAAGAAAUACAAAUCAAUGAGAUCAGGAUGAAGGACGAGAUCGAUCUGGCACCCACAGUUCCAACUGGUAGCACACUGGCAGUUGCACUCGCCAGUGUCGGUCGUGAUCUACAACGCGAAGCAUAUGUGCUGCAAUCUGAAGGCAUGGCGAGUAAGACAGAAGCCCUCUUCAAGACCAUGAUGCGAUCUCAACGACGCGGAGCGACGCGCACGAGCGAGCAGUUCUUUGAAGCCUCGAACUUCCAGCAUGUCCGUCCGAUGUUUGCCGUCGCCUGGAUGCCAAUACUUGCUGGCAUUUCGGCUCCAAUGCAGGAUUCUGACGAUCUCGAGCUCGUGAGCCUCUCGCUCGAAGGUUUCCGUCAAGCGAUCAAGAUCGUCUGUCUCUUUGACCUCGAACUCGAACGGAACGCCUUUGUCACAACCUUGGCCAAAUUUACUUUCCUCAAUAAUCUGGGCGAGAUGAGACCGAAGAACGUCGAAGCCAUUAAGGCUCUACUCGAUGUUGCCAGCAUUGACGGCAACUAUCUGAAACAGUCUUGGCGAGAAGUUAUCAUCUGCAUCAGCCAGCUGGAGCGAUUCUCGCUCAUCGCGCAAGGCAUCGACUCACGGUCGCUACCCGAGAUGGGCAGGCCGGCCCGACCAGCACCAGGUCGGCGCAAAAGCACCCUGACGAGCAAGCUCAGCCGGCCAACUGACGAAGUUGCGAAUGAGACUCGGAACUCGCACAUCACAAUCUCUGCUGAUCGGAUCUUCUCUUCGAGCAGUACGCUGUCAGGAUCUGCCAUCGUCGAUUUUGUGCGCGCACUCAGUGAAAUCUCGUGGGAGGAGAUCCAGUCAUCAGGUCUCUCGGAGCAUCCCCGCGUUUUCUGCCUACAAAAGCUAGUCGAGAUCUCAUACUACAACAUGGGCCGGAUCAGACUCGAAUGGUCAAAUAUCUGGGCGGUACUUGGGGAGCAUUUCAAUCAAGUCUGCUGUCAUACCAACGCACGAGUCAGCUUCUUGGCUCUUGACUCACUGCGGCAGCUGGCGAUGCGCUUUCUCGAAAAGGAAGAGCUUGCGCACUUCAAGUUUCAGAAAGAUUUUCUCAAGCCGUUUCAGUAUACGAUGGUCAACAACAAGAAUCCCGAUGCGCGAGAUAUGAUACUGCAAUGUUUGCGACAGAUGCUUCAGGCGAGAAUAAUAAAUCUACGGUCAGGCUGGCGGACAAUGUUUGGUGUGUUCUCAGCGAGCAGCAAGGUUGGCAACGAACGCAUCGCCACGCAAGCCUUCGAAAUCGUUAAAAGCAUCAAGCGCGAUCAUUUUGCGACAGUGAUCUCGCAUGGCUCUUUUGCCGAUCUGGCUGUCUGCAUCACAGACUUCUGCAAGAUCAGCAAAUAUCAGCGGGUAUCCCUGCAUGCUAUCGAGAUGUUGAAAGACAUGGUCCCCCAGAUGCUGUCAUCGCCCGAGUGUCCACUCAGCGAGGCCUACAAGAGCAACUCGAGCGAAGAAGUAGAGCUCUCUCAGGACCCUAUGCUGUGGUGGUUCCCCAUACUCUUCGGGUUUUACGACAUCAUCAUGAACGGCGAGGACAUGGAAGUCCGCAAAAGAGCGCUAGACUACCUCUUCGAGACACUCAAGGUUCACGGUCAUGCCUUCCCCACUGAUUUCUGGGACUCGGUCUGCAAAGAAGUGCUCUUCCCCAUCUUCGCUAUUCUCCGAUCGCGCCAGGACGUUUCACGCUUUACAACUCAGGAAGAUAUGAGUGUCUGGCUGUCGACAACCAUGAUUCAAGCUCUGCGCAAUCUCGUCGACCUGUUCACCUUCUACUUUGACAGUCUCGCGCGAAUGCUUGGCAGGCUACUUGAUCUGCUUUGCGAAUGUAUCUCUUAUUGGCUUGCAGAGAAUGAUACGCUAGCGCGCAUCGGUACAGCGUGUCUGCAACAGCUGGUCGAGCAAAAUGUCCGGAAACUGACGCCAGAUAUCUGGGAGCGCAUCAUAAGCACUUUCAUCACGCUGUUCACGAAGACGACCGCGUCUCAGCUAUUCGAAGAAGGCCUGCGCACUCCAGCCUCACCUUCGGUCACACGAGAGACAUCCUCGACCGACUUGAUCGCGGAUCAGCCGCCGAAGACGAGUGCAUAUACCCCCGGCUCCGCUCUCGAUGAUGACCCGCCGACCAAAGGACGUAGCUUGUUUGCGGAUCGCAAACGCAUUUUUAGGCAGAUUAUCGUCAAAUGCGUUUUGCAGUUGCUGCUCAUCGAAACAGCGCAUGAGAUGCUGCAGAAUGACGAAGUCUAUUCGACCAUACCAGCCAAAGAUCUGCUUCGACUUAUGUCAGUCCUCGACAGCAGUUAUCGAUUCGCGAAGAAGUUCAACGCCGACAAGGACCUUCGCAUGGCUCUCUGGAAAGUCGGCUUCAUGAAACAGCUGCCCAACCUGCUCAAGCAAGAAUCCAGUAGUGCUGCGACACUCGUCAAUGUAUUGCUACGCGUAUAUAGCGAUGAGAGGAUCGAUCACAAAGCCAGGAGAGCCGAGACUCUCGAAGUCUUCAUGCCGCUUGCAACUGACAUUCUAGGCAGCUUCGUGGCCUAUGACGGCGAGACACAGGCUCGCAACAUCACUGCGUGGACUCCCGUAGUCGUGGAGAUCCUGCACGGCUUCUGCAUACUGGAAGACAAGACGCUCAUCGCCAACGUUACAACGAUUUACCCGCUUGCGGUGAACGGCCUCGCUCGAGACGUCUCGCCAGAGAUCCGCGAGUCACUGCGCGCGCUUUUCUAUCGGGUCGGUAUCGCAUCGGAAUUUUACGAGCAGGUAGACUAG